AUGUCCGGGCAAAGGCAGGAGACAAGGUCUAGAUGGGGUCGGAAGCGGAGAAAGAAAUGCGACGAGACAAGGCCAGCCUGCAAACUUUGUACGGAGAGAGGAGUCCAAUGCGUCUUUCCCGACUGGACAAUAGUCAAAUAUUCCAGAACUCGAAGUCGAAAUAGUCAGACAAAAGAAUCUCAACCUUCACCAGCAGGACAGCCUGCUAUACUUCCGGCUGAGCCGAAAAGCACCGAGACUAAAUUCAUCCACCACUUUAACACGAUAGUCUCGGGUCUUAUCACAUUUACUUUCCCGCAACUUGACACCAAUCCUUUUGUGUUGCAUGUUUUGCCUCGGACGUCGAAAUCUCCGCAGGUUCAGCGCGCGGUAGAAGCUGUUGCUGCGGCGCAUCUUUAUCACCUUGGUGCGGAAUCGCGAGAACGCGCAACACAGUUGCACUCACAUGCCCUCGGCUUAUUAGCCGCGGAGCUUUCCUCCCCCCAGCUAGAUGAGUCGUCACGCAUAAACGUUUUGGCUGGUAGUUUACUUUUGAUAUAUUAUGAGAUUGUCCUGGGAAACUCAGCAGAAAAUGCCUGGUGUCAUCUCCAAGGGGCGAGAGUAUUACUAGAAUACAAUCAGCAAUCGCCGGAGCCUUCUUGUUUUCCCUUUUUCCGCAAAGUAUUCCAAUAUUUCAAUGUUAUGCUCGCUCUUUCACUAGAGCGACGCCCCUUAUUAAUCGCCGGCCACGAGGGGCCCGAGUUCACCGAUAAAAUGGACACCGUGUUCGGAUGCACGGGACGACUAUGGCCACUGAUGCACCGCCUUGCUGAUAUACUUGGACGCGCUCAUCUGGGAGAAGAUGUGCGACGCGAGUCACAGCAAUUGAUGGACAGUUUACAAGCUUGGUCUAUCGAGUCCAGUCCUGAUCCCGAUGCAUACCUCGAAGCAAUGGUGCAGAUUGCGCAUGCAUACAAAUAUUGUGGAAUUUUGAUGCUACGUGUAGCAAUUCCACGGGAUGAUAAUGAGAUUAGGUAUGGGUAUGUGCGAUCGCAAGACCAGGAGAUCUAUCGACUUGCUUUUGAUAGCGUGUUGCGUGUUUGUGUUCUAUCUACACCCAUGGCUACCCUUACAUGGCCGCUGUAUGUGGUUGGCCGACUGGCUACAUCUGCGAGUGAUCGUACUCUUAUACUUCAUAUCUUCUCCCAGUUUAAAGAGAAGCAUCAUAUGAUGGUUGUGGAUGGAGCUAAGAAUGCAGUACAAAGUCACUGGAAUGAGGGACUAUCUCAAUGGUCUCAUUCAUGUAAUCCAGCACCUGUGCUGCUAGGAUGA